AUGUCCUUCCCGCCUCCUCCAGGUCUCAAACAGACUCCCUCGUCACUUCCGCCUCGGCCACCUCCAUCUUCCAACGCCGCGCAGCCACCAAGCAAUGUCGGCAAACCUCGCCCUGGCUACAAUGCGUUCACUGCAUUCCAGCCGCGCACUGUAGCCGCCAGCCAGCCGUAUCGCACGAACAGCCCGGCAGUCUCGACCCCAGCUGCACCCGCUGCGUAUGCCGCCCCUGCCAGUUACAGUGCCAACUAUCAACAACCACCUCAGACAUAUCAGAGCGGUCCUUCAUACUACGGACAGCCCCAAUACACCGAGCCCACUUACGGCCCAGCCGUCCCACACAUCCCCAACCCCUUCGGGUCCACACCAACCCCGACCUCGGGAUACCAACGCAACGGUCGCGACGCUGGCUUCGACCCCGAAACCGAGGCUCAAAUCGCGCAAUGGCAGAGUGCCUAUUCCAACCCCACCGACGACACUGGUAAACGCCAAGGUACCCAUCCUGGAUCAGGCGUGAAUACAGGGGCUGGCACUCCUACCGUUGGCACCAGCACUCCUGUCCCGCAAACCGAAUCACAGAAAACCGUUGUUCGAUCGGGUGGCGGAGAAACAUGGACUGAUACUACACUUCUAGAAUGGGAUCCAGCCCAUUUCCGUCUCUUUGUCGGUAACCUGGCAGGUGAGGUCACGGAUGAGUCUCUGCUCAAAGCCUUUGCUCGCUACCCAUCGGUCCAAAAAGCUCGUGUGAUUCGGGAGAAGCGAACACAGAAAAGCAAGGGAUUCGGAUUCAUCAGCUUUAGCGACGGCGAUGACUAUUUCAAGGCCGGGCGUGAGAUGCAAGGCAAAUACAUCGGAUCGCACCCAGUUUUGUUGCGCCGAGCUACUACAGAGGUCCGCCCAGCUGCAGGUGGCAAAGAUGGAAAGAAGAAUGGUGGAGGUAAAAAGGGAGGCCAGCCUGGUGGCAAGGUCAAGCAUGAUGGCGUCAAGAAGUCCGGGAAGACCAAGGGAGGCUUGAAGAUUCUGGGAUAA